UUCUUUCUCGUGCAAGCUGAUAGGCUAGAUAUAAUACAACUCAUAUUUAACAGUAGACCACGAGAUAGAGUGAACUACGGCCUUAUGGACUCUCAACUCGUGUCACUAGUAUUCCACGAGACCGAGUUUUCUUAUUUCGUUAGUACUGAGCGCACUAUAGGACAAAUUUGGUAAAAAAGAACACAUUAAAAUAACUUUUUUUUUUUUACUUUUUCACUCCAACAUAAAUAGACCAGAGCAUAAAAUGACAGUACAUUUUUUAUUGCUGAAAAUCCACCAUGACAUGAUUUUAUAUAGAGGAUAUAACAUGGGCACGUAGAGAUACGGGUUUUAUCUUCGAUUGUUGAAAAGAUCUCUCGCGAGUGAGUUUGAAUCAAGACUUUUCAUAUGGGUGAUUUCCAAGAGAUACUUGUCUUUAGUUUACCAGUUUUAUUGACAUUUUCUGUGAUUUUUGGCUUGUGUUGUUCACUUUGCUGUGCAUUGCUACGAAAUAGAAGAAGACAAAGGAAUUUACUCUCUCAGACAGCAAGACGUCCAUUUCCUAGGGGAUUGAAGAAGGUGAAUUUUAAAAAUAAAUUUUGGUUUCAAAAGCAGAAGACAAAUCUAAAAGAUGAUAUGUGCACAAUCUGUCUAGAAGACUUCAAAGGGCGAGAAGAAAUUAAUAUGUGCAAAUGUGGACAUGCUUACCAUCAUAAAUGUAUAAUGAAAUGGCUGGAAAUUAAAGACACAUGUCCUAUAUGCCAGAGAAAUGUUAGAAGAAAAUCAAGAACAGUGAAUGAAAGAACUCAUCUACUGGUUGAAGCACUACAUGUCUGAAUCUUAGAACAUGAAAAUUAUUGGUUGAGGCUGAGUAUAAUAUGAAGAAUUAUUGGUUGAGACUGAGUAUGAUAUAAGAAUUAUUGAUUGAGACUGAGUAUGAUAUGAAGAAUUAUUGGUUGCGAUUGAGAAUGAUAUAAGAACUAUUGAGACUUAGUACAAUAUGAAGAAUUAUUGGGUGUGAUUAAGAAUGAUAUGAAGAAUUAUUGAGAAUUACUAUGAUAAAUAAUAAUUGGUUGAGACUGAGUAUGAUAUAAGUCUUAUUGAUUGAGACUGAGUAUGAUAUGACUAAUUAUUGGUUGUGAUUGAGUAUGAUAUAAAGAAUUAUUGAUUGAGAUGAUUGAUAUGAAGAAUUGCUGGUUGAUAUAGAGCUUGAUAUCACGAAUGUGGAAGCUGAGGUAGCUGUUUUCUGGAAAUCAGAUUCUGUUUUUUCCAUAAUUUUUCAUAUCAUACAAAAGACUGAUUCAAUAAUACUCUAUAGUCUCAAGGAAAAUGGUACAUGUACGUACCUUUAAAAAAAGUUAUUCUUGGACUUUUCAGAUUUUGCACGAGUCUUAGAAUCUUGAAAUCAGUAGUUUACCACAGGGUUCCCAAAGAUGCGUACAAUUUUCAAUUAUUUAAUGUUGCCUUUUGAUUCUUGUCACCUAAGAAAAUGUAGCUGGAGGGGAGGGGGGGUCAUUGUACACAUCCUUGGGAACCCUGUGGUAAACUGAUUUCUAUCAGAAAUAAUUCUGGGAGUGAGGAAUAAGCCCCUGGGUUCUCAAGAAUGCAUUGGCCACCCCUAAAACAAUAUCUCACACUGAUGUAAAGAUAUCGACAUUUAUUAUUGAAUGGUAGACUGGAGCCAUUCACAAAUGAGCAUAAAUUUAUGAUAUUAUUCCAGUAUUGAAUUGGAUAUUUUAGCACUUAUUUUAGAAUUAGCAGCCUUAUAGAGUACAAACAUUAAAUGUGUGCAACACUUUUCACUAUUUACUACAAAAUAGUGUUAAUUAAACAAUAGAAUAAUUUAGCAGUAUUUAGUGGUAUUUAUGCUGCACAGUUUUAGUGUUUGUACUCUAUAAUUAGAUGGGUUGUUGUUUUUUUUACAAUUUUGACGGCCAUGUGAUAUAUUUAAAUAGGAAAAAGGACUAAUGAAAGAAAUGAAAAUGUAUAUAAUUAUGUCUUAGGGUUUGGGUGUUUUUUAACAUUUUUACUAUGAGAUUUAACUGAGGUACUUAGUUGCUUGAUGUGGAAAAUAUCCAUAAAAGUUUCAUAAAAAUAGAAUAAGUGUAAAGUGAAAUGAAAAAUUGAAAAAAUGCACAUAUCAAUCAAAAUGUAGGGUAAGAAAAUACUUGAUAAAUUUUUGGCCCAUCUAGUUAAUUUUAAUAAUAUUGAAAAUUUAUUUAAUAUUAUUAGAAAUUACAGAUAUUUUAUUAAAACCAAAUGACAAACCUUUGAAGGGUCAUGCAGGAAUAUCAAUUUGCAACGAAUCCUAGGAAACCAAGGGGAUAUAAAAGAAAAAAAAACCUACUAGGCCAAAUGAUUUUGGUUUCCUAAUGAAUGUUCAAAAUGGUAUCUUUAUAUUGAAUAGCGCAUUAACUUUGUUGAUAUAUACUGCUAAUACUGUUAUUUGGACAAUUAAAUUCCUGGAUUUUAUACCGUAUUUUAAUAGCGUAUUAACUUUGUUGAUAUAUACUGCUAAUACUGUUAUUUGGAUGUUUAUCACGACUAUUAGACAAUCAAAUUCCUGGGUUUUAUACCGUAUUUUAAUAGCAUAUUAACUUUGUUGAUAUAUACUACUAAUACUGUUAUUUGGAUGUUGAUCACAUGACCAUUGGCCAAUCAAAUUUCUGGGUUUUAUACCGUAUUUUAAAAACGACAAGGGGCUGGUUAUAGAAAGGGUGGAUAAAGUUAUCCACCACAUUUAGUUGCCCAAUCCAAAAUUUUGUUUGGAUUUUAUCCACUUGGUAGGGGUUUGUUUGGUUUGUGGAGCUUGUAUUCACCACUUUGUACAACUUGCCCCAACAUAAUAUUUUUUAGAGUGAAUAUAACAUAACUUUUAAUAAUAAUAAUAAUAAUUUUAUGAUAUAUAGAGGAUAUGAGAGAUCUUAAUAUAUUACUUGGGCGCAGGGAGAUACGGAUUUUAUCAUUGAUUGUUGAAAAGAUCUCUCACAAGUGAGCGUAGCGAUUUUUCAAAUUCGUAUCUCCAACCGACCAUGUAAUAUUCUGUUUAUCAUAUAAUUAAAUAUGAAAGCAAAUUAUGUCUUAUAAUACCUUUUUUCUUACUUCCACUAUAUAGAGAAACCUCGAAUGUGUUAUUUUCACUAGUGAAAAUAUCAACUUAAAUGGAGAAAUAUAGGUAUUAGAUAAUUUCAUGAUAUAUAAAUGUUUUGCAUGGUUGCUACUGAAUAGAUUUUUUGACUUGUAUGUCUGGAUGUUCGGCUUUCCCUUGAUGCAAUGCCAGUCCGGUAAUUCCUUCCCAUCAAUCUCCCCAAAAAGAACACGUGACAUACAUGUAAACGUGCUCACAAUAUUUAUCGGGACUUCCAUACGUUUUAGAGAGAGAAUUUCACUGAAAAUCAUUUUAUUUUGUACAUAUUUCCCAUCUAUUUGAUAGCAAUCAUGUUUUUGAAUAUUGUAAUUAAAAGAUUUUUUACUAUCACAAAAUGACUCACUAUUUGUUAGACUGCGCGGUUUUCAUAAACCAAUGAAAUAAUUACUAAUUAAACAAAUUUGUGUUUUGGAACAUCCAG